AUGAGAAAUAUCGUGGUUCUUGGCGGGUCGUCGCAUCCCCAGCUUACCGAGUAUGUCGUCGUGUUGCAAGAGAGGGUCUUCUUCUUGCGUUUUUUUUGGUCGUCGGCUGUUGACGAGCGUCAUAGGACUAUAUGCAACCACCUUGGCAUACCGCGCGCCAAAGUCCUCCUUGACAAGUUCAAGGGCGGCGAGACGAGGGUGGAGAUUGAGGAGAGUGUGCGAGGCAAGGAUGUCUUCAUCAUCCAGUCUGGCGGCGGUAAAGUCAACGACCAUUUGAUGGAACUCCUCAUCACCAUCUCGGCCUGUCGAACUGCCUCGGCCAAACGCAUCACCGCCGUGCUGCCCCUCUUCCCUUACUCUCGCCAGUCGGACAUUCCCUACAACAAGACUGGCGCUCCGCUCCAAAAAGUGUCGGGCUCGCGCUCGAGAACUGGCACAUAUACCUUUGAUUCGCGCCCGCAGACACCCCACCCUGGGCAGGUGGAAAGCCCGGGUCUGUCGAAUGGCUCCGCCGCCCUGCACCACCAACUCAGUCGCAUGAAAAUGGACGAGCGCAGCGGCGGCCACGCCGGCUCCUCGAGCCCUGUCAAGCAGAAUGGCAUCAAGCGGUCCGAGACGGGCGAAUCGAACAAGUCGGACAAGACGAACGGUGACUGCGGCGCGAAUGGCGCAAAUGGCAUCGGCGGUCUUGUGAGGGUGCCGACCACAAAGCCUCCCGUCUUCGAGCCCCAGGUCGGAUACCGACAAUGGGUUGCUCAGGCGGGGACGCUGAUUGCAGACCUCCUCACAUGUGCCGGUGCUGAUCACGUCAUCACCAUGGAUCUCCACGACCCCCAAUACCAGGGCUUCUUCGACAUCCCCGUCGACAACCUCUACGGCCGCCACCUCCUGCGCAAGUACAUCCAGUUCAAUAUACCAAACUAUCUCCAGGCCGUCGUCGUGUCCCCUGACGCUGGUGGAGCCAAACGUGCCACCGCCAUCGCAGACUCACUCGGUAUGCCCUUUGCCCUCAUCCAUAAAGAGCGUCGCCCCACACAGAUCAACGACCGCCAAAACGCGACUAUGAUGCUCGUCGGCGAUGUUGCAGACCGCACCACGAUCCUCAUUGACGAUCUGGCUGAUACCUCGAAUACAAUCACACGCGCGGCCAAGCUGCUGAAGAAGGAGGGCGCGACGCAGGUUGUGGCGUUGAUCACGCAUGGUAUUUUGAGCGGUGAUGCCAUUGACAGGAUUAAUGCCAGUGCGCUGGAUAAGGUGAUUGUCACGAACACGGUGCCACAAGCGGAGCACAAGGCGAGGUGUCCGAAGCUGGAGGUGUUGGAAGUGGGCAAUGUUUUUGCUGAAGCCAUUCGACGCGUCCACCACGGUGAGAGUAUCAGCGUCUUGUUCGAUUACAGCUAG